UCGGUUAACUCAUUAUGGGGUAACAGUUAGUAGUUUACAAUAAAAGACUGCUUUAUUUUAUACAAAUAUAUUGAAAUUAAUUGGUAAACAUUUGUUUACAGAUUUUUUUUUAGAUAUUUUGUAUUUCAAAGACUAACAAAAUAAUAAAAAUGGGUAUCCAAAAAUACAGUGGCAGUGCCUUUUACCAAUAUGUUGCUGGAUUCAGUGGUUCGAGAAAAACAUUUUUGAACGUCCUGUACCUUCUAAGAUCGUGAGUAGUCAAACAAAGGUUACAGUAGACAUAGGUUUCUGAACCUUACGGUUCAAGUUACCUUUACAGCUAUUAUUCUACGAUAGCCACGUUAGUUAGUGGAAUGCACUAUGGCUGGCCGGCACCUUCCUUGCCCCGCCUGUUGGACGGGACAUCAUAUAUCCACAUCAACGAAGAUAUUGGCUACUGGUUAGCAACUGCCCCUUUGUUGGGUACCCUGGUAGGCUCUCCAAGUACUCCUCUAUUUAUUGAUCGCAUCGGUCGCCACAAGACAAUCCUCUUGACUGGUUUGCCUUAUGUACUAUCCUGGUUUUUGAUCUAUUUUGCGUCCAGCUACGAACUAAUAUUGGCUGGCAGAUUACUUGCUGGUGUUGCCGAUGGUUGGAUGUUCUGUUCAGUUCCAGUCUAUAUAGGAGAGAUCGCAGAGCCUAGAAUUAGAGGAUUCCUUGGAUCGCUGAUAUCAGUAUCUUAUAUUGGUGGUAUUCUCCUUAUAGAUAUCAUUGGUUCGUUCUGUACUGUUCCAGUAACUGCACUAAUAUCAGCUUUGUUUCCAAUCGUAAUGGUUGUAAUAUUCUUUUUUAUGCCAGAGUCCCCGUAUUUUCUGGUAAUGAAAGGAGAUAAUGAAGCUGCCAUAAAGAAACUACAAAUUUUACGAGGGACGAAUAAUGUAGAAAAAGAAAUUGCCAGAAUUCAAGAAGGUGUUCAAGAAGAACAAUCGGUUAAAUCAAAUCCACUUGAUUUGUUUCGCAUAGCAAGUAACAGAAAAGCUGUCAUUAUUAUUCUCGCUAUAAGAAUAUGCCAAGAGUUUAGCGGAGAUUCAGCUAUCACCUUUUACACUCAGAAUAUUUUCAGAGAAGCCGGAACAGAUAUUCCUGAAGAUAUCGCAUCCAUAAUCCUUUUUGUAAUUGUGUUAAUAGUCACAAUAUUUGCUGCUUUGCUUGCAGAUAAAUUUGGUCGCAGACCGUUGCUGAUCUUCUCAGCAGCUGGAGCUGCCAUUUCGUUACUCGUAGAAGGCGUUUAUUUCUAUCUGAAGAUAUGCACGGACCUGGACUUAAGUGACUUUAAUCUUGUUCCACUGGUAGCUCUUAUAAGCUUCGUGGUAUGCCUCGGAUCAGGACUCAAAGUAAUCCCUCUGCUUAUGUUAAGUGAACUAUUCCCCGCUAGCGUUAAGGGUGCUUCUGUGGCUGUAGCUGAUGUUUCAACUGCUGGGUUGGUUAUGCUGGUGUCCAAAUACUUCCAAUUCACCAGAGAUCAUUUUGGAAUGUACGUCCCCUUUAUUUCUUUUGCAGUGUUUUGUACGAUUGGACUGUUGUACAUUACGUUGUGCGUACCUGAGACCAAAGGAAAGACGUUGGAAGAAAUUCAGGACCAUCUCAAAGGGAUAAAGAGAAUUGAUAAGAAAAAUAUUGAAAGUCAAUUAAGCACUGUUCAUAAAAGUGUACAUAUGUAAACUCUAAAAGUAAUAUUUAAGGAAUUUCAAUCAAAAGAACUGAUAUUUAUGUAUUGUUAUUUAUAUAUUUAUUAUUUAGUAUUAAAUAAAUAUUUUUAUUAUAA